CUUUGGAAUUGUCAUUUGGGAGGUACUUAUGCAGACGAAACCUUAUGCAGGAGCCAAUAUGAUGGCCAUUAUAGUCAAGGUUGCAGCAGGAAAGAGGCCCUGCCUAGAACCCAUCAGCGAUGACUGGCCAGGGGAAUGCCAGCAGAUGGUUGACUUGAUGAAGAGGUGUUGGGACCAAGACCCUAAACAAAGGCCAAGCUUUACAGAUAUCCCUGUAGAAACAGAUGUGCUUCUGUCACUGAUACAAAGCCUUGUAGUAGAUCCAGAGAAUGAGCGCCUUGUUAGGAAGAUGUCCCACAAGCCUGCCGUCUCUGGGAACCAGCAGAGUGACAAAGAAGAGUUCACCUUCCCCCAAGACAGGAGAAGUGCUGAAACUGAUAAUCAGGAGGUUCAUAUCCCACCUUCUUACAGUGAGGCUGAAAGUCCAGAGGACAUCCUGUCUGAGGAAAUCUGUAGAGUCCAUGAAAAUGGCCUCACAUUGCUUCACCUCAUGGUGAUCCAGGGAAAUGUGGAAAAGGUGAAGUUUCUCCUGAGCUGUAAAGCCAAUGUGAACAGCCGGGUAGUCUGUGGCUACACCCCACUCAUUAUGGCUGUUCAGAAGAGGUCACCAGAGAUCUGCUCAGUUCUGCUAGAGCAUGAUGCGGACAUCAAUAUGCCUGAUGAUGAUGGUUGGACACCUCUUCACUUCGCUGCUCAGAAUGGGGAUGACAGAAUUGUACGCCUCUUGCUGGACCACCAGGCACAGGUAAAUGCUCAAGAGCAUGACGGGUGGACCCCUCUGCACUUGGCAUCACAGAACAACUUUGAGAACGUGGCCCGAGUACUGCUAUCUCGCCAGGCUGACUCCAACACUCAGGAGGCUGAUGGGAAAACUGCCCUGCAUGUGGCAGCUUGCUUUGGACAUGUCAGCUUGGUGAAACUGCUUGCCAGUCAAGGAGCGGACCUGGAGAAAAAGCAGAAGAACCAUAGAACCCCACUUCAUGUUGCUGUGGAGAGGGGGAAGUUCAGGGUAGUCCAUUAUUUGCUGAAGAAUGGGACCUCUGUCAACAGCCUGGAUCAAAAUCAUUACAGCGCCCUGCACCUGGCUGUGGUGAGGGGGAAGUAUCUCAUCUGUGAGAAACUCAUCAAAUACGGAGCUAAUGUGGAGCUGAGGACAGACAAAGGUUGGACUCCCCUGCACCUGGCUUCUUUCAAAGGACACAUUGAAAUCAUCCACCUGCUAAAAAACAGCCACGCCAAACUGAAUGCCAAAGGAAGCAUGGACUGGACACCCCUUCACUUGGCUACUCGCUACAGCGAUGAGCCAGUAGUCUCUGAGCUAUUGAGAUGUGGGGCAGAUCCCAACAUCGCUGAGAAGUCAGAGUGGGCCCCCCUCCAUUUUGCAGUCCAGCGGGGCUCCUUUUUGACCGUCAUCAAUCUUCUGGAGUGCAAGGCAGAUGUCAAUGCUAAGAACAAAGUGGGUUGGACACCCUUGCACCUUGCUGUCCUCAAGGGCAAUAUGGCCAUUAUAAAGACCUUGAUUAAGGCUGGUGCUCUGCUUGACCUGGAAGAUACCACUGGCUGUACAGCCCUCCAGUUGGCAAUUAGACAUCAGAGAGAAAACAUCAUUACUCUGCUUCAAGGCAAGGACUCGUUGAUGAAUAAAUUGGGGAAUAGGACUCUGGUGAACGAUGCUAAGAUUUCAAGACCCAAAUUUGUUCCAGGAAGGACAGAUUUGUAG